UGUGCACGCGAAAGGACAAAAAGAUAUAAUGUUACCGUAAUGUAUAAGCUAUUUAAAAUGUAAACAAUCAAGAGGCACCUCGAGUGACCGCGAGGCGUCACGAAAUCUUGUUUUGUUUACCCAUCGUAAUUUUAUCCUCGCUUGCCAGUGCUCAUUGCCAUAUUAUACAUACUCGAGAACAAAAAGUGCGAAAAAUUAUCCCACAAUGGAGACAGGCAAUUUUGAUUUUGAAACUCUCUUGGGCGAAGGAAGUUUUGGUAAGGUUUACCUGGUGAAACGUCGCAAAGAUGGAAAGCCUUUCGUCAUAAAAGCUCAAGAGCAAAAUGCCCAAAACGAAAUAAUCAAUAAGAUGAUCAAGGCAGAAGUCGAGUGCAUGCAGAUACUGCGCCAUCCAAAUGUCGUAGCUUAUCACGGCGCCUGGAGCGAGUCAAGUAAAUUUUUCAUCCUCAUGGAGUACGCGACCAACGGCACUUUGAAAAAUCUCUUGGACAAGCAAAAGAGCCCCUUGACCGAGAACGACGCCAUGUACUUGUUCGCUCAAGUCGUUCUAGGAGUCAAUCACAUACACUCGAACAAUAUCUUGCAUCGAGAUUUGAAGCCGGACAACAUCAUGCUGACCGGUCGGAUGGGCGAUAUCGUGAAAAUCGGCGACUUUGGCCUCUCGAGGGACCUGCAGGAAAGCAACAUGAGCCACGCCGGCUCCUACUAUUACAUAGCCCCGGAGAUGCUGCAGAAGAAGCCGUACGACUUCAAAAGCGACAUUUGGAGCCUAGGCGUGAUCCUUCACGAGAUGCUGACGCUCGAUUUGGCUUUUCCAGCGACGAGUAUGGAAGAAAUCAUCGAGAUGAUUUGCCGAAACAAGCCGAGACUCUUUCAGAGGGAACAGCUGGACGUGUCGAAGGAGACGAAAAUCGUCGUUUGCAAGAUGUUGAUCAAGGAGCCGAGUCGCCGGCCGACCACCAAGCAGCUCAUUCUCUGCCCGUACCUGCUGCCCUUCGUCGCGAGGGUUUACUUGAAUCUCGGCCGGGCUUACUCGGUGCCCGAUGAGCUUUUCGAUCUCAAGAUCUUCCAGCCUUAUCUCAAGUCUUGCGAUAAAUCGAGCGAUCAAACAAAAGAUUAUAAUGACAAUAUUUGUACGUAGUUAAUAUUAUUUAUGUUAUUUAUAUGAUCGAGGUCGUUAUUCGUUGUUGAGCUAUUUUCGAUUUGUGUAUUUUACGGAGUAGUUGAAGCUGGCCUCGCCUCCGCUGGUCUCGCUGAAAAUUAACAAUACAGAAAGAAACGCGUGAUAAAUAAAUUGCAAUGUCAAUUGGCUAGAAAAAAA